CUCUGGCCGCUGCCGGUGAGGCUCGGUCGCCGCCGCCCCGGUGAGGCGGGAUGGGCAAGAGCUGCAAGGUGGUGGUGUGCGGGCAGGCCUCGGUCGGCAAAACCUCCAUUCUGGAGCAGCUGCUCUACGGGAACCAUGUGGUCGGCUCGGAGAUGAUCGAGACGCAGGAGGACAUUUACGUGGGCUCCAUCGAGACGGACCGGGGCGUGCGGGAGCAGGUGCGCUUCUACGACACGCGGGGGCUGCGGGACGGGCUGGAGCUGCCCAAGCACUGCUUCUCCUGCACCGACGGCUACGUGCUGGUCUACAGCACCGACAGCAAGGAGUCCUUCAAGCGUGUCGAGCUGCUCAAGAAGGAGAUCGACAAGUCCAAGGACAAGAAGGAGGUCACCAUUGUGGUUUUGGGCAACAAGUGUGACCUGCAGGAGCAGCGCCGGGUGGACCACGAUGCAGCCCAGCACUGGGCCAAGGGCGAGAAGGUGAAGCUGUGGGAGGUGUCUGUGGCUGACCGGCGCACGCUGAUCGAGCCCUUCAUCUACCUGGCCAGCAAGAUGACACAGCCACAGAGCAAGUCUGCCUUUCCCCUGAGCCGCAAGAACAAGGGCAGUGGAUCCAUGGAUGGCUGAGCCUGCUUCCCCUUCCCUUCCAUUGCCACCUCCUCUUCCUCACCUUCCUGCUUCCCUCUCACACACCUCCUGCUGAGUCUUGGCUGCUGUCAUGGAGCCUGUGGGAAGUCGGUGGCAGGAGGAACAGCAACGGAGCCUGUGGGAAGCAGGUGGCAGGAGGAACAAUCACCCCAGGGCUAGGGAUGGUCCUGGCAGAUGACAGAGGCAGUGGGACAGGAAACACUCCUCUCCCUGCCCAGCCCCUGCAGCUGUCAGAGGUGCUACAGGAAGGUCAGGAUUCCCUCUGCUCUCAGGUGCAGGCUGGGAGAGUGGAACAGAGGCACAGCUGGAAUGUGGGGAUCAGAUCCACAUCUGGAGGGAACAACUCCCUAUUUUUCUGUUUCCUCAUAACAUGUGGGCAGAGCUGUUUGUCUCCAGCCAAGCAGCUCUCCUUGCCCUGCUCCAGCUGUCUCUGUGCUGCUCCCUGGCAAGCUGUCCCUUACCCUGGCAGUAUCCACUGCUCCUUUAUGCACUGGAAUAUCCUGGCAUACUGCCCCAGGGAAUGCCUAGAGCAGGGCAGGUGCUGUUCCUGAGGGCAGGGUGUCCAAAUCCACCAUUCUAGCCCUCCUCUUCCUGAGUGCAGACUCAGCCAUGAGCUUGGAGGAGAUAGGGCUGUGCUUCACCGUCAUACCUAGGUCCUUGGAGGAGCUGCGACUGUACUUACCCUGCACACCCCAGAUGCUUUGGGCUGUGGCAGCUCUCACUGGCCGCCUGACACAAUGCUGCCUCCUUUUAGAACGACCAUAAGACAAGGCACAGGUGUCCCAGUCCUACCCAGCAGCACUCAUUCCCUUCAGGUGGUCUGGAUGUAGGAAAAGAACUGAUGAAAGCCCCAGUGUGUUUAUACUUGUUCCUUUUAUUUACUGAGUAACACAAUAAAGCGAUGAGAUUUGGUUAUCAAAAUAUUUUCCUUUUUUUAAAUUUUCCCAACAGUUAUAGUACAUCAAAAAAUAUACAAUGAACAUCACAGGAGGGUACUGGCCAAGUCCCUAGAGUCUGGAUAUUCCAUUUUGGGUUUGCUUUUUUUUUUUUUUGAAUCAAACUUCACAUCACUCCAAGGUUAUUUACAGAGGGGCAUACAUUACCGAGCGCUAUGGACUAUCCCUACUCCUAGUACAGCAUGUGCUAAGUCAAAGGCAGUAAAUGCUUUGGAGAGCAGGAGGGGAUUUGGGGGAUGCCAUAACGGGGGGUUCUUACACAGCUCGUUGCAGUAUUAUUGUUACUAGAAGGAAUGGCUUUCACAGGGUUAAAGUGCCAAGAACAGGAGUGCAUCAGGACUCCACUGGUGAGGGGUGAGGAGCAGCCAUGGCUCCAUCACAGGCUUUUUGGAACAAUGGAGGGGAACAGGCCCACUGGUGCCACGUGGCUCUGCAAGCUCCUGGCUCCCCAUGCUUCUGAGGGGCUGGACAGGGCACAGGGGCUCAUGGCACAGGAGGGGACCCAUUGUCCUGCUGCAGUGGCCAUACUCGGAGUGACCCCAAGGGCCUGGGAAGGGCACAGUGAAACGUGCAGGGGUGGCUGGCUGGCCAUGCGCUGGCCAUGGGCUGCUUGGCACUGGGGAGGGGGGGCCCCACCAGCACAGACUCCUGUCCCCUGGGAUGUGGGGUCCCUACA